AUGUCGUCUUCAACCAAGCAUUUCCUCGAUCGCUUUGCCACCACAGUCCGUAUCGAUGACUAUGACACCCUCUAUCACUAUCUCCUGCGAUGGAUGAUGGAUCAUCGGCCACCCAACCCAAGAUUUUGUUCCCUGCGCGCCAUCAGCAAGUCAAAGAUCACCUGGGCACACGAAGAAGAUGCACUCAAAUCAGUGAAAGGUGAUGAAACCCAAGACACAAAAUUCGUUAACUAUCAAUAUAUCGUGAAUCAGCCUCCCAUCAGCCUACAGUCAGCCUACAGCCAUUCCAAGGCACGUACCUCUUCCAACAUCAUGGCAAGCGGAUCUUAUUCCGCUCAUUGCAUCGCGUCCAAAAAUCAGUACACACAACUGAUGAAGGACCGCGGCUACAUUCAGCUGCAAUAUAUUGGCGCGUCUGUUGAUUCCUUGCAUGGUCUUCUCCAGGAGGCGCAGUCUUAUAACCCGGACGAAAUCACGAUGGUGACCACGGUUUACCGGUCUAUCUGCGGCUCAGAAACUGCCUCGCGUUGGUCGAACUUCAACACGCGACCAUCACGAGACAUAUCCGCAGUUAAUAUCCGAUAA